AUGGAUGAUUCGUAUUCUUAUCAUCAUCAUCUCUCUCCUCUCUCCCUCCUUCAUCGGAUUAAAGACUCUUUCCAUUUCGCCAUUUCUUCCCUCCUCGCCAACCUCUUCUCCGCUCUCUUCACCUUCUUCUUCGCUUUAGUGGGGACUUUGCUGGGGGCAUUGACAGGGGCUUUGAUCGGCCAAGAAACCGAGAGCGGAUUCAUCAGAGGAGCCGCCGUUGGGGCUAUCUCAGGUGCCGUCUUCUCCAUCGAAGUCUUUGAAUCUUCCCUCCUCCUCUGGCAAUCCGAUGAGUCCGGAAUUGGUUGCCUUCUCUACUUGAUUGAUGUCAUUGCUAGCCUUUUGAGCGGGAGGCUUGUUCGUGAGCGUAUUGGCCCUGCUAUGCUUAGUGCCGUCCAGAGUCAGAUGGGAGCUGUGGAGUCACAGUUCCAAGAGCACACAGACAUCUUCGACACCGCCAUUUCAAAGGGCCUCACUGGAGAUUCUCUCGACAGGAUCCCAAAGGUCCGAAUCACAAACACCUCCUCCGGGGAGAUGCUUGCUUGCUCUGUCUGCCUCCAGGUUGUCAAUUAUCUCCCUUUCCCUUUCCUUUAUGCUCUGCUUUAA